AGUGCUAGGUUCUUUUCUGAACUAAUGGCAGCCACGAAAAAGGCUUCCCCUAAGAAGGCCACACCGACUAAGGUGAAGAAAGCUUCCAAGACUAAGAAGGAUGAUGGCAAACCAAAGGUCAAGAGAGCACUGAGCGCGUACUUCUUCUUUAUGCAAAAGAACCGUGAAAGAAUAAUGAAGGAGAAUGGUCUCCAGAGUAGGGAUAUUGGCGAGCUCGGGAGGAAGAUGGGAGAAGCUUGGAAAGGGAUGAAAGACAAUGAUAAAACUCCAUAUGAGAAGUUGGCCGCUGAGGACAAGAAACGUUAUGAGCGUGAAAAGAAGGCCGUUGGCCUAUAAUUUUGUCAAGUACUUGAUUGAAGCAAAUUGAACGUAGACUGCCUUGGUCGAUUGUGCACAUCUUGGCCUAGCGCCUGAAAUGUGAUUAAUGAGAACUUAG